AUGCUGUUUUUCCUUCCAUAUUCUAGCUUUGCUCAAAACAAUGGCAGGGUGGCUGUGAAUGAAACCAUCACGGCAUCCGACAAUGCCACCCCAUGGCUUUCACCUUCUCGCGAUUUUGCUUUUGGCUUUCGUAAACUUGGUGAACCAAAUCUCUUCUUGCUUUCCAUCUGGUUUUACAAUAUACCAGACCAAACUGUUGUUUGGUACGCCGAUGAUGGCAAUCCUGUUUCAGUAGGAUCUAGAGUAGUUUUAAAUCCUGAUAUGGGUCUUGUUCUCUACGAUCCCCAAGGAAAACAAUUGUGGAAAUCACCUAAUGUUCAGUAUGUUAUUGCAUAUGGUUCCAUGAGUGACACUGGCAACUUUAUGCUCCUGCGUAGUGACUCUAAUUCUGAGUGGGAGAGUUUCAAUUAUCCAACUGAUACCAUGUUGCCUACUCAAAUAAUGCAAUCUGGAGGGGUUCUUAAUUCUCGACAAUAUGAGAACAACUUCAGACCUGGAAGGUUUCAGUUCCGUUUGCUCCUAGAUGGGAAUCUUGUGCUCAAUACGAGAGAUGUACAAUCAAACUUUGCUUACCAGGCCUACUACGUAAGUAACACUUAUGAUCCUUCCAACACAUCUAAUUCAGGUUAUCAAGUAGUCUUUAACCAAACAGCACAUAUGUACAUAUUGAGAAGAAACAACCAGAGUGUGGAUCUUACGCCGAAUUCAGUGCCUAAUGUGAAGGAUUAUUAUCAUAGGGCAACUCUCGAUUUUGAUGGAGUUUUUGUCCAAUAUUCUCAUCCAAAGUCUUCCUCUGAGAAUCUUGGUUGGAGUAUUGUUAGGAUGUGGCCAAAUAAUAUAUGUGUUGAUAACACUAUAUCAGAAGAACAAGGCAGUGGGACUUGCGGGUUUAACAGCAUUUGUCGACUUGAUGGUAGCAGAAGGCCGGUUUGUGAGUGUCCAAAACAUUAUGAAUUAGUUGAUCCUAACGACAAGAAUGGAAGGUGCAACCCAAGUUUUAUACAGAUUUGUGAAGAAAACAAUAGCAAAUCUGUAGAAGAUCUCUAUGAUUUUGAAGAGCUAAUAAAUAUUGAUUGGCCAUAUAAUGAUUAUGAGCAAAUGAACCCUAUUGCUGAAACUGAGUGCAGAAAUUCUUGCCUGCAUGAUUGUUUCUGUGCUGCUGCUGCUUUCAAUGGUGGUCACUGCUGGAAGAAGAAACAACCUCUUGCAAAUGGGAGAAAUGAUCCCAGUGUGGGUGUGAAUGGGAAGGUUUUCUUGAAGUUCAAAAGAGAUGAUAUGCUUCAUCCCGAGAAUAAGAAAAAGGAAAAGAAGGAUAAGGGAACUUUAAUUUUAGUUGGAUCAAUGCUCGAGGGAACGUUAGAUGUUCUGGUAGAAGAUGACAUGGAGGCCUUAAAUGACAGGAAGAAAUUAGAGAGAUUUGUGACAAUAGCUCUUUGUUGUAUUCAAGAAGAUGCUUCUCUAAGGCCCACGAUGAGAAAGGUAUGCCAGAUGCUUGAAGGGGUGGUUGAAGUUCCUAUCCCCAACCAAGUUUCUUUUACAGAAUAG